AUGAUCUUCAGCGUUCUGGCCCUUGUGGCCAUCACGAUUGCUGGCGUCGAUGCCAACUACUGGAAUGGCACCGCCUAUAGAACUGGGGUCAACGCAACUGAGACUUGCAGUCCCACGACCGUCUACGUUCCUUUCACCGCUACAAUCACAUCAACAGCCUGGACAACUUCAAUCUCCAGCGAGGCACCCACUCCCUCGACCACGACCGUUACUGUCACCGCUUCCACUACCUCGACGCUGUCCACCGCUCUUACUGAGACGGUCACUGUCACGGCAACUGUCACGGCUUCGCCAUCCUCAAGCUCAAGCACGCUCGAUGGGACGACCUCCAGCAGCGCGGCCGCUGUCUCUGCUGCUGCAGCUCCCCCAGAUACAACGAUUACCCUGGCGUCCACCACCACGAUCUCGUCAACGACUACGGUCACACCUACGGUAACAGCACCCGAGUUUACGUCAAGCAGCUUCAGCCUCAUGUCUCCUGAUUCGACAACGACCUUGACAAGCACCAGCUAUACCACAAUUUUGCUGUCCAGGGUGUCGUCAUCCCGUUCUGCCUACACCGGUAUCAAUACCUCUGGAUGGAACGUCUCGAGCACGGCAUCGCCUCAAUCCCCGCCUGGCCCCACGACCACAACAAUGACCAACAUCGUCUACUUUGGCAAUGACAACACCACAAGCUCGACUACUACCGUCCGCAUCACAACGACAGUUGGAGCCACAAUCACGUCCGUCUACACGCCUCCGGCCUUUGUUACCGACAUUAGCGGCACAUUGACCACGAUCUCAGCCACACCAGCGACCAUCACAUACACUGUGACAGGCGAGCCAGCAUUCACCACAAGCUUGACCGCAUCAAGCAACGAAGCGGGAGCUGUGUCUCAUGCACCGAACCCUCCGCCUUAUGGCUUGCCGUCACAACCAAUAUCUGCUGCAACAUCUGGCAAUCCUAACACGACCGCAUCAAGCCAGCAGACAUCUCUACCAUACACUGGUCCGGUCACAAUCACAAGCUUCGUUGACGGGCAUGGCACCACUUUCACUGUCGAGAACACUCCUGUUGGUACCACCCCGAUGUCUCCGCCGCCUUCUAACAGCACAACGACUAGAGCAUCCACAAGCAGUUUUCCGACCGGUCCAGUAGCUUCAGAGUCAAGCACCUUUGGUGGUUCUACAUCCCCUGGAUGGUUUGAGACUUCAAGCUCUGGUGCAACGACCUUUGCCGACAGCACAAUAUCUUCGCUAGUAGCCGUGGCCACAUCCACUCUGGUUGCCUUUGGCUCUACAACAGUCCUGACAAUCUCGAGCACCGUAUCAGCGCAGCCAAGCCCAUUACCAACAGAGGGCGACGCUUCCACUGAACCGGCAUCGAUCGUGAGCGUCGUCUCAACACAGGUGUUAUCAGGAUCGACAGAAGUGAUCACUAUCUUAAGCACGAUCUCAGCCGAGACGGUCACUUCUGGUGUGUCGGAGACCUCCACAGAGGUUUCAGCUGCCUCUACUGCAGGAAGCUCGUCGCAGACCUCAACCCGGCGUCUCUCAAGUACUUUGAGUCGCUCCACGCCGACGUCGCAACCGGACAACUCAUCGCGUCAGUCGACAUCCCGCACUCAAUCUCCAUCGCGAAGCAGCUCGACCACGGCCACGCCAAGCUCUCGACCAGCUCGCACGUCCUCUUCCAGCUUCAGCAACCCCUUCCCGGCCACUUCCGCGACUGCUAUCCCAACCGCUGGAUGCGGUGAACAGGGCGACUUCACGAUGACCUUUGACGACCUGCCCACCUAUCAUCCCACGAAGCGACAGAUCAACAAUCAGACCAACGGAACGGACAUCACACAAUACCCACCGCUCAGUCAGAGACCAUACCGCCACAUGCUCUUCAGCCAGGGCUACGUGUAUGCGCCAAAGGCCGCUGAGCCCUUUUCACCCGUCUCACCACCCAAUGUUGCCGCCUUUGUCGACCCCAUGAAGGCCGGCCGUCCACCUCUCAACAGCCCCGUCGAGCCUGGUGAGAUCGGAACGUACGACGAGGAUAACUCUGCUUUCUACUUCGACGCGAAGUCUGCAUAUCUCGGCUGCUCUAACCCAGGCCCGGACGACUGCACGAUUGAAGCGACACCGUAUACCUACAACACCACUCUCGGAGAUGAAGUGGCUGGUCAGGCCGUCAACUUUACGAUGUCGCCAUGCAUACAGAACUGCACACUCGAGAAGGCCACCUUCCCAAGCAACGGCUUCAAGCGCCUCAGUGGCCUGCAGUUCCGAGCAGUAGCUGACAGCAAGCCACGCAUGUUCUUUAUCGACGACAUGGCGAUGGAGUGGUCGAACAGCUCAUGCUCUGCUGGUAUGACUCGACAGCGUACGCGGUAA